UGUGUGCGCACGACUCGCGCUUUAUCAAGUCACUCUCAAAUCUAGCUAAGGAGGCAAUAUGAGUGAACUUGAAAAACUUAUCAACAAGGCCACAGAUCCCACAUUAACAAGCGACAACUGGCAGUACAUUCUAGAUGUAUGCGACAAUAUCUCUACUAACCCCGAAGAGCAGACAAAGCAAGCCAUUCGGAUCAUCACGUUGCGGUUGAACACCAAGGAUGCAAAUGUCAUGUUGAGAACAUUGGCACUAAUUACCGCCGUGGCAGAGAAUUGUGGGUCUCGAAUGAAACAGGAGAUUGCCACAAAGUCCUUUCUUUAUGAUUGUUUGAUCAAGAAGCUCAGCGAUAGGAAAAUCCACAAAACCAUCAAGAUCAGUGUUGCCCAAGUGAUUGGUCAGCUCCAUGAGUCGUUUAAAUCGGAUCCAUCACUUAAGCCAAUGACCGAUGCUUACAACACGGUUGCCUCGGACUACAAACAGUUUCUCAGCCAGAAGCCAGAUACGUUUGGUCCCAGUAAACCCGCAAAGCAGGAAAUGAGCCAACUGGACAAGGUAAAAGAGGAUGAGGACUUGCAAAGGGUGUUGAAGUUGUCCCUACAGGAAUAUGAGCGUGAAAAAGCCGUCCGUAAAGCGUACCUAAAUGACAAACCUUUACCUGUAACGAGGACCGAGGCUGCUCCACAACAACUUCAACCACAAAACAGUGCAGAACAAACAAUUGCCACAGUAUCAAAGGUCAGGGCAUUGUACGACUUGAUCUCCUACGAGCCAGACGAGUUAUCUUUCCGUAAAGGCGACAUUAUCAGUGUGAUCGAGCUGGUUUACCGUGAUUGGUGGAGAGGUUCUUUGCCCAAUGGGAAAGUGGGUAUAUUUCCCUUGAACUACGUGACUCCUAUUGUAAGUAAAUCAGCACAAGAAUUGGAGUCAGAGCUGGCAUGGGAAGACAAUAUUUUGUCUAAUGAACUGAGGAAGAUUGAUAGGUUACUUGGACUUUUAUCCACUAAUUCACCGGACUUGAAUGAGGACGAAAUCACCGAUCUUUACAACCAAAUCUUACCCCUUCGGCCAGCUUUGGCCAAUUCCAUAGAGAAGUACAGUUCCCGUAAAGAGGAAUUGACUUCUUUGAAUGGUCAAUUGAACGUCCAGAUCAAGUUCUUUAAUGAGUUGGUUGAUAACCUGAUAAACCAGAGAAUCAACCACCAGUACUCGGGAGCUCCAGCAACAUCUAUGCCCUAUCCAAGCUUCCCCCAGUUUCUUCCACAAAAUCCUAGUUCAGAUCAGGGAUAUAUAGCUCAGCAGCCUACCAGCAGCGGGUUUGGAAAUGCUCCUAGGCCUGCUCAAGCCACUGGUCUGGUCCCUCAAACAUAUCCUUCUUAUCCUCAGUAUGGAGCAGCUCCUGAAGCUAUAAACGUACAACCGAACACUCAUCAAGGUCUGAAUCCCUUUCAAACCACAGGGAGUGCACAACAGUAUCUGAACAUAAAUAGUUUUCCUUCUGUAAACCAGUUAUAGGCUCUUGAUACACAAUCGCAUUUU